CUCGGCGCCCCGCUUGGCCCCCCGGCACGAGUCCCGAGUUUCCCUGAUCGCGGAGUUCAGCCAGGAACCCAAACUUCACCAUAAUAACCAAUAUGGAGAGCCAGGAAGCCGUCACCAACACCACUGCCGCCGCCUCUUCAGUUCCAACAAAGCAUGAGUUCUCCGUGGACAUGACCUGUGAAGCCUGCGCUAAUGCUGUCACUCAUGUCCUCAACAAGCUAGGAGGAGUUCAGUUUGACAUUGACCUGCCCAACAAGAAGGUUUGCAUCACCUCUGAGCAUAGUGUGGACACUCUGCUGGAGACCCUGGAGAAAACAGGAAAGGCUGUUUCCUACCUUGGCCCCAAGUAGAGGGGGCCUGGGUGUCCAACCUGCAGAAUAGAUCCUCUCCCGUCUUCCAGACAGAUCUGAGACCUGUCAGUCCUGCAAUGGAGUUAUGCAGAGACCCUCACUUACCCUGCUCCUCUGGAGCUCCCCUGCAGUAAAGUCCAGCUGCUUUUGCUGAGGAAGAAAAAGAA